UUCCAAUCUAGCUAUCUGCUUAAUGUUUUUACCAGCAGUGGCCUGUCCAGUCAGAGGCCCCAACCCCGUCCACCUACCUACCUAGGUCCCUGCCAUUGGCAGUUAUACAAUUGGAGGCGAUUGCACAUUUCUACCCCUACCUAACUACUUAGUUAGGUAGGUAUCUACCACUGGAGAAUCUACCAGCCAACCCGAUCAUCUACUUUUUCUUACCCAGCAUGGGCAAACGCUCACGUUCAGACAGUGGCGAGCUCAGCCAUCAGCCAUCCCACAAGAAAAUGAGGGUGCCGGAUGCGCUGUCUCGCCUGUCGGAGAGCGCAGACGACCUCAUCCAGUGUCUGCAGGCACUCAAGACUCGGAAAGAUGACCCAAACCUGACCCGGCGGUUGGCCGCACUAAGCAACGACCUCAUGCCAAGCUUCAAGACUCUGGCAAAAGGGCACGAUGGGAAGGUGGUAGCUGAGAGCAAAGCCACAGAACAAGCAAGACCAGAGCUUGCCGAGAACCCACAACCAGAAGUGCCAAUACUCACGCCGUGGACGCCAUCAGAAGUUGCAACCAGCAUACCGCCUCUCCCACCUAUCUUGGAUCCAGUUUUGGAAAAGGCGUCGUUCACGCACGCAGGCACCAUCAUGGGACGUAACGAACGAAGCUACGAGCAGCUGGAAUGGCUCGGGGACGCAUAUCUCUACUUGAUGUCGACCGCGUACAUCUACAUGACCUUCCCGCAUCUUCCGCACGGUGAAAUGUGCCACCUUCGAGAGGUUCUCGUUCGGAAUGCUACCCUCAGAGAAUUCUCAGUUCAAUAUGGCUUUGAGAAGCGGGCUAUCCUACCUAGCGAGUACGAUAGUGUCGGUCGUCUGGGUGGAUCGAAGGCAUCAGAUAAGGAGCGCGCCAAGGUCCUGGGCGACAUAUUCGAGGCUCACGUCGCGGCCAUCAUUCUGUCGGACCCAGUCAGGGGAGUAUCAAGGACAGCGCAGUGGCUCAAGGCGCUGUGGAGUACGAUGAUUCCCAAGCAGAUCAAGCAACAAAGCCAACCCCCACUUGUCGCUCCCGUGAUGGGUGGUGUUGCGUCACUGGCUGGUCCUCAGGUGCAGACCAAAUCGGCAAAAGCAGAACUGUCUGGAUUGUUGGCUUUAUCCAAUCCUAGGGUGAACAUCGUGUACAAGUCUGUCGAUGAGAGCAGGACAGUCCGGGACCCAUUGACCAAGCAGCCAUUAUUUGUGCAGGCGGUCUACCUGGAGGGCUAUGGCGAGACGAAACAGCUGGGGACUGGAACGGCCAAGAAGAAGGCGGACGCGAACGAGAUGGCUGCACAGAACGCGCUGGAGAAUAAGAAACUGAUCAACACAUACAAGGAAAAGAAGCGGCUGGCCCUGGAGAGCAGGGAGGCACAGGAGAAGGCAUCCAAGGACCUGGGCUUCUAGUUGUAGUACUGUAAAGUAUCAAAUGAUAGAGCUCGCCAGAUCUUGUUGGAGUUUAGCCUGAGGUUGAGUGGCAGCACUGUGCAUUGUGAAUUGCUUGCUUUCCGAGCUCUUCUAGCCCAGUGGCAGUAUUCCAAGGCCUGCCACGGUAUGUCUUUCCCACAGCAGAAAAUGGCGACUGGAG